AUGGGUCGUAAAGAAUUCAUAGAAGAUGUGAAAAAACUUAAAGAACAUUUUCGAAGUUUAAAUCAAAGAAGUGCAUCUUUAGUAAAAGAUUUUGACUUUCAAGAUCCAGAAUUAAGUUUUAAAUUUGAAUACAAACGUGGAAAAUCGUUCACGGUACAGAUCUUCGUGAACGAUGGAAGUGAAGAAGAUGCAAAUUCUGCGGCCAAAUGUUUAUCAAAUGUUUGUGUUGAUAACAAAUCUGUGUGUGAAAUUGUAGCGACAAUAGUUCCAAAACUAUGUGAUCAUUUCAAGAUUGCACUUCCAAGAGAUUUGUCAAUGAGCUCAUUAAAAAAGUUCUGUCGACUUCCUAGUAUUUCUUCGACAGAUUUACGAAAACCUAUUCCACAACCAUUAACUUUGGUUAAUCCUAGAGAAGAAUCUUCUGGAAAAGCCUCAAAAUCAAUAGCUCAGACUCCUUUAUUGUUAUUGAAUAGGGAUAUGUCAGAAGUUAGACAUUUCAAAUACAAUGCUGAAUUACUUUGUGCUGAUGAAAUGGGAUUUAAAAUAGCUGUAUCAAUGCCAGUCUCACGACUUGGACUUAGUCUAGAAGCUUGUGAUGCAUGGAAUUUAGAUCCAGAUAGAUUUAUAGUUUGUACAAUGCAAUUUUCACCUAGUUAUAUUGAUUUACAAGGUGUUAUUUCUAAUGCCUGUCAGACUAAAGCCUACUUAAUUAAGGAAGCUGGCUUAAGUGGUGGUUAUAAUACAAUAAAAGAAUCUUUGAAGAAACAAUUUCCUGUUAACUUUGCAGUAAUGACAUCAUCUUUGCCAAGGGGCAUGCCUAGUCAAUCACACCAUAAAGACGAGAAUUUAGAAAACGAUCAUUUUAUUUUGUCGUGGACUUUAACAGAACUUUUGGGUGAUAAAUUUUUUGAUAUGCUGUGUGAUCGUAUAUGGUUUGGAAUUGGCUGGUCAGGUGCAGAAUAUGCUGAUCUUAUAAGAAAAAGAGAACUGGUCUCUUCCUUUCUUAAUGAUGAAAAAUCAAUAUAUGAUGGACAAAUAGAUGAUUGUCUAACUCAGGAUGAACAAUCACACGCUGUGCUUUAUUAUCUUGAAUCAGAAAAGAUGGAAUCAUCUAGUGCUUCUAGGAAUCAAAAUUUUCUUUUACUAUUAUUACAAUUCCUUCGUCGAAGGAUUUUGCUUUCAACGAGAUAUUGUCUUACUUGUCAUUAUCCUCACACGGAAUCUGUGUCAUCAAUACGACCUUUUGUUUGCGGCAGUGCGUUGUGUCAACAUCAAGCUUUAGUGGGAUUAGGAAAUCUUUUCGAAUACGAUUUGAUCAAUAGUCCUGUUGUUGUUGAUUUAUUAAUAUCGUUGUGUCAUAUAGCAAUUUCUUUAUCAAAUCUUAAUCCUUGUCCAUCUAAGGCAAUUGGGGUCACCAUAUCAUCAAAACACACUGUUCAAAACUCUUUAAUAGUAAGUUGGGAUGCAAACCAAGGAACCAUUGGUAUUCCAACCGAAAAGGGAUAUAGAGUUUCUGGAUGGAAAACUUUUGAGGGUGAGGUCUGUGUUAAUGAUUUGUUGGAGGUUUAUCAUCCAGAAAAUGAACAACCUUUCACUGUUAAUCGUUGUAGUCCAACAACAACCGUACGUGUUCUAGAGGUUUCAACAAAUUUUAUAAUUACCGACUUUCCCAUAAUUGUACCAAAAACAUCUGUUCCUACUAGACAUGUUUACUUACCAUUCCGGGUAUAUCGUCGAGAAGAAAAAAAUUUUUUAAAUUAUGACGACACACCAAAUUAUAAACUUUUAAAACACGUUAUCGCUCUAUUUCCUUCUGUACGUGUAAUGGUAGAGUAUGCCAAAAAAAAGACUCUAAAAUCCGAACUUGAUAAAUUAGAUCCUUUAUUAUUUCCUUUGCUAUCAUGGAUAAUCUCUUCGAAUAGGACACAUUUACGUUUAUUGGAAUCUGAAGAUGAAAAGGUUCAAUUAAAUGAUACUAAUCCAACAAAUGGCAACUGGAAACAAUUUGUCAUGAUAAUGAGUUCGCCUGAGAAAGAACAGACCUUUCAAAAUGAAAAGGAAAAACUAACAAUUGAAAGAGGGGGUCAAUCUUCAGGUGAAUUGUAUGCUUUUCAUGGUUCACCGAUCCAAAAUUGGCAUUCAAUUAUUCGAACGUCAUUAAACACAAAGAAAGUUUCUCAUGGUCGAGUUUACGGUGAUGGUAUUUAUCAUUCACUUCAAGCUGCAACUUCUACGUCAUAUACUGGAGCUUCUCACCACAGGUUCGAUACUUAUAAUUGGAAAAACUCCAUGUUAAAUGUGAUAAAGUGUAUGGCAUUAUGUGAAAUUAUCAAUAGGCCAACAGAGUUUACAAGUACACAUCCACAUUUGGUUGUUAAAGAUGAAUCAUGGGUUACUACAAGAUAUCUUUUUGUUGAAUGUCGCCAAGAACCGAUAGAGAUUUUAAGUGAAGAUCCUAGUCAUGAUUGGUCAAUAAGUUCUAAUCAAAAUAACCCAUCUUAUUAUAAAUUGCAACCAUCAGUUACGUUAAAUCGCAGUCCAAAAAACAAUGUUGUCGUAUACAUAACUUUAGACCCGAAAUACACUCCCAUAUGGCUUAAUGGUCAACAACUAAAAAUCCCAAAAUGUGAUUUCUCAAUUAUUAGCAAUGAUUUACCUAUAAACGGAUCACAUAAUGUUGGAGAAUUCUUUUAUAAUCCAAUAGAGCAUCAAAAAUUGAUUUCUGAUACUUCUUUAAAUUCAACGAACAAAGGGUCGAUAUUUGAUGAUAAUAUUGACGAGGAAGAUGAAUUUAACGAAGAUUAUACAGAAGAUUCCGAGAUGAAUGAACUAGAUGAUAGCGAUGACCAAAUUAAUUCAGAUUUUGAUGAGUUUGAAGAUGAUGAAUUCAAUUUUGAAGAUGAUGACAAUGGCAAUGAAGGUGGUAAAAAGAGGAAAAAAGAGGAAGAAGAAUAUUCAAAUAGUUUUGAUCCAACAUUAUUGCCACUUCCUGAGUGCUCUUCAAAAGCAGCAACGCAAAGAAUAUGUCGUGAAUUAAAAUCAAUUAUACAAAGACAAAAUGGCGAUUCAAAUGAUUCAAAUGAUUAUUUGGGAUUCUUUGUUAAUGUUGACUUAAUACAAUCAGUUUAUCAAUGGGUUGUACAACUUAAAGAUUUCGACCGAAAUUUACCAUUAGCUCAAGACAUGGUUAGAAAUAAAAUUAACACUAUUGAUCUUGAGGUUAGAUUUGCACCAGAUUAUCCAUUCGUACCACCAUAUAUACGUGUCAUAAGACCAAGACUUUUAAGAUUUGCCGAUGGCGGUGGCGGUCAUGUAACUGCUGGAGGAUCUAUUUGUAUGGAUCUUUUGACACUUGGUAAUCAACACGAAAGUGGCUGGUCAUCUGCAUACACAAUGGAGGCUGUUUUACUACAAGUUAAAAUGGCAUUGAGCUCAUUAGAACCAAGACCUGCUAGACUUGAUCGUCAGUGGUAUACUGAGUAUAGUCCUGCUGAGGCAAUUGAGUCAUAUAUCAGGGUAGCCAAUCAACACAACUGGUCUGUCCCGCCACAUUGGGCAGCGUUAUUUGGUCGUUAA